AUGGUUAAUACCAAAACUGCUUUAUUCACAGCAGCCUGUGUGCUGUCUAUGCUCUCCAGUGUAACACUGGCUCAAACUUUUAACGGUAAUCAAGUUCUACAUGGUUUAACCUAUUUUAUCUUACCAGUUAGUGUCACUUCUGGUUCUAACUUAAUCAUCCAAUCUGGUCUAUUCCAUAAAUUCUGGCAAAAGGUCACCGUUAGAGGUGGUCUUUACAUUUGUGAAACUAAAUCUUCAAACAUCGGUAUGACUGUUAUGGCACUAGCUAACAUUAUGAACUAUGGUACUUUUGUCGUCGAUGAUUCUCUUGCUUCUACUGGUCUAUUAUUCGAAUCAUUCGGUCUUGAAUUCUUCAACUCCGGUGACUUCUACUUAGUCGGUAAGAAGCCAUUCAUUAUUGGUUCUCAUUACAGAAUUUGGGCUUUGAACUUCCACAACAGUGGUUUGAUGGCCUUCUACCAAACUGGUACUUCUAAUCACUGGUCUACUGUUGAAUUGGGUCCUGACACUCUAUUCGAUCUAUUACAUGUUACAAACACUGGUACUAUUUGUCUAAAGAGUGUUAACUUACAUGCUAGAGUUGCCUUUGAUGGUGAAACUGGUUGUGUGGAUGUUGGUGCAUAUGCUACAUUGACCAUCAACCACUUGAUCUCAAGAUCUUUCAAGUCUCAAACUAUCUACAUGUCUGAUGAAACUUCUGUUGUUUACGUAAAGUCUUUAUUAGGUUUAACAAGUUUGACUAUUAGAGGUUUUGGUGGUACUAACAGAAUCUAUUUCAGAUUAACUGUCACUUACUAUACUUACAACAAUGUCAGUGGUAUUCUAACUGUUAUUGACGGUCUAAACUUAUUCAGAAUUGACAUUGGUCCUAACUAUGAAUUUGAUCAAUUCUACAGAGUCACCAGCCACUUGUUGAUUGGUUCUGGUAUCACUUACAUUCCAGACUCUCCAGAUUCUUCCAGACCAGAAAACUGUCGUGAAUGUACUCCAAAUCCAACUUGUGAAGACGCUUUGAACGGUAAGUCUUCUGUCACUACUGCUUCUAACACUUUCACCAACACUGAACUUCCAGAUCCAUACACUACUACUUACACUGAUGCUACUACCACUGAAACUCAACUAAUCUCUUUCUACUGGACUACUGACAUCAACGGUUCUUCAUUCAUUGUUGAAACUGUCUAUACUUUGACUGGUGAAGCUGCCUCCUCAUCAAUUGAUGGUGAAUCCAAAUCUUCUUCAGCUUCCGCUACUGAAUCAUCUUCUGUUGACGCUUCUUCUGAAGUUUCUUCUGCCUCUUCCACAGCCUCUUCUGACGCUUCUUCUUCCUCUUCUACCGCUUCUUCUUCCUCUUCUACCGCUUCCUCCGAUGCUUCUACAGUUUCUUCUUCCUCUUCUGGUUCCCUAUCUUACUACACUACUACCAAGUCUGAUGCUACUACGACCGAAACUCUAGUCAUCUCUGACUACACCACUACUGAUAACAACGGUAACACUGUCACUAUGGAAUCUACCUACACCAUUACUGCUUCUCAAGCUCCAUUGACCACUUAUACUACCACUGUUGUUGUUGAUGGAACUACUUCUGUCUACGUUGUCUGUGACUACACCACCACCGACGCUAAUGGUAACACUGUCACCCUAGUUUCUUCUUACCCAUGUAUCACUGAAGGUACUGCUACAACUUACACUAGAACGAUCACUGCUGAAAUCUGUACUUCAACUGUUGUUGUUUGUACUUGUACUUCUACCAAGUCUAACGGUGAAACCGUUUCCACGUUGACCACAUACCCAGCUACUUACACUCCAACUGACAUGUCUGGUAACUCUUACACCACUACUGUCGUUGUUGGUGGUACUGUCACUGAAGUUGUCGAGUGUGACUACUUGACCACUGACUCUAACGGUAACACUUACACUGCUCGUUCAACUGUCACUGAAACUUCUUUGACUACCGCUACUGAAACUGCUGCUAAGAACGCCGCUGACACCAAGUCUACUACAACUGUUACCAACACAUCCGUUGCUACAAAGACUGCCCCAGCUGUUGUCAUUUCUCCAUCUUCUGCAAACAAUGCCCAAGGUGCUUCUCACACAGUUGCUACCUUCCAAGGUUCCGGUUCUAUAGUUAAGGGUUCUUUGAUGUCUUUGAUCUCUGCUUUCCUAUUCUUGAUGAUCUAA